AUGUCUCUUAGAUUCUUCCACCCGCUGGUGGUGGGAGUUAUCAAAUUCCUGGAAGUCUAUGAGCGCAGCUUCUGCAGGACAAUUGAGACCCUGGUGGACAUUUUCCAGGAGUACCCUGAUGAGGUGGAGUACAUAUUCAAGCCAUCCUGUGUGCCUCUGAUGAGAUGUGCAGGUUGCUGCGGCGAUGAGGGCCUAGAAUGUGUCCCCGUGGAUGUGUACAACGUCACGAUGGAGAUCAUGAGAAUUAAACCCCUUCAGAGUCAGCACAUAGCGCACAUGAGCUUCUUACAGCACAGUAAAUGUGACUGCAGACCAAAGAAAGAUGUCAAAAACAAACAAGAAAAAAAAUCAAAGCGAGGAAAGGGGAAGGGUCAAAAGAGAAAGCGCAAGAAAGGCCGGUACAAACCACUCAGCUUUCACUGUGAGCCUUGCUCAGAGAGGAGAAAGCACUUGUUUGUACAAGAUCCCCAGACCUGUAAAUGUUCCUGCAAAUUCACAGACUCACGUUGCAAGUCGAGGCAGCUUGAGUUAAACGAGCGCACUUGCAGAUGUGAAAAACCGAGACGGUGAGCAGCGGAAAAGAAGGGGGAACAGCCCUGUUUCUGGAGCCUGAUUUCUCGCCUGGACAG